GACAAGACAAGAAACAGCAUGAGCAAGGAGUCAUUGGGAGGGUCGAGAGCUACGAUGACUGGAUGUCUCUAUCAUUUCCAUCUCCAGUUCAGUGUACAGAAGCUAUUAGUGAUAUCAAUAGUAAUGGGCAGGUGAUUGAUCUCCAUUCCUCAUCAACUAAUAGCACAUUAACUCUCCUAUCAUCAACUAAACUGAAACUUACCCUAAGGAAUCUUGUGAUACAGUACACUCCAUUAACAAAUGACUGUAUCCAGUACCUGUGUAUGCUAUUAGCUAAUAAUAAUACAUUACGUGACCUAGUUAUAAGAUACCACUCCAUUAGUGAUAGAGGAGUUAUUAAAAUCUGUAAAGCACUUGAGCAUAAUUCUACACUUACCGUACUAGAUCUCAAUAAUAAUCCACUUAUUACUUCUACUAGUGGACAGGCUCUUUCUCAUCUCCUCCUCAAUAACUCAUCACUAGAUGCACUGGAUCUAAGGUGUACUUCAUUACCUACUGAGUCAAUACUACUCAUUCUCCAGUCAUUACCAGUUGAUACUAAAAUAAGAGAGCUUAAUUUAGACUAUCGACACAAAGAAACUUGUAUUAAUACUUAUCUCAACUAUUACCGCAUACAAAACAUAGUAAACUGGUACUAGUCACUCUUAAUGUGACCUUAUUUUUUAUU